AUGAUGCUAAAUCCAAGGUAUGCCAUCCCCAAAUUCUAUCCUAAUCCUAUUCUAACUUCUUCUACAUUGUUUCUUUAUCGCUUCUUCAGUCAUUUGCAACGCCACUAUGGUAGAAAAAGUUCUGAGUUUCAUAAUGUAGAUGCUGCUGUUACUCAUUUCAAUUGCUUGAUUCGCGCACUUUCUCCGCCACCCACUUGUGAAUUUGACAAGGUUUUAGGAGCUAUUGUGAGGAUGGGUCAUUAUCCCACUGCAAUUUCUCUUUUUUCGCAGUUUCAACUUAGGGGAAUUUCACCUUCCAUUGCUACUUUCAGCAUCUUGAUUAACUGUUUUUGUCAUCAAUCUCAUAUGGGUUUUGCUUUUUCAUUAUUGGGUACCAUUCUUAAGAGUGGCUAUGAACCUAACAUGGUGACUUUUAAUACAAUUAUUAAUGGUUUUUGUAUGAAUGGGAUGAUUUUUAAAGCUUUGAACUUUUACCAAGACCUAGUAGCCCAAGGGUAUCUUUUUGAUGAGUUUACUUAUGGGAUUUUAAUCAAUGGGUUGUGUAAAAAUGGGCAAACUAGAGCUGCGUUGCAUUUGAUACAAGAGAUGGAGGAACGGUCGGUUGAACCGAAUCUAGUAAUGUAUAGUGCAGUCAUUGAUGGACUAUGCAAAGAUGGACUUGUCACGGAUGCGCUUAGUUUGUGUUCUUGGAUGGCUGAUAAGGGAGUUUUACUUGAUGUUGUCACAUACAACUCUUUAAUUCGUGGUUGUUGCAGUCUGGGUCGAUGGCAAGAUGUAACCCAGUUACUAACGAGAAUGGUGCGGGAAAACGUUGAAAUGGAUGACUUUACAUUUAACAUAUUGAUUGAUGCACUAUGUAAAGAAGGAAGGAUCUUAGAAGCACAAGGUGUGUUUGUUAUGAUGAUGAAGAGGCGAGAAACCGGAUAUUAUUACUUACAACGCUCUGAUGGAUGGGUAUUGUUUGAGAAAAAAAUACCACAUGUGAAGGAACUUCUUGAUGAAAUGCGUGAUAGUGGUCAACCCCCAGAUGUAGUCACUUACAAUAUACUGUUAGAUGAGUUAUGUAAAACCCGGCCUUUUGACGAUGCAAUCUCAUUAUUUUGGAAGAUUGUUCAAGGAAUUUGGCCUGAUUUUUACACAAACUAUGUAAUUGUUGACAAUUUGUGCAAAGGUGAAAAGUUGAAGAUUACAGAAGAUGCUCUUCAAUACCUUUUGGUGCAUGGUUGUCCUCCAAAUGUCCGAACAUAUACUAUAUUGAUCAAUGCACUUUGUAAAGAUGGCUCUUUUGAUGAAGCUACACUCUUACUAUCAAAAAUGGAUACCAAUGAUUGCCUCCCUGAUGCUGUAACUUUUGAUACAAUUAUAAAUGAGACCGAAAAGGCAGAGAAACUUCGUCAUGAAAUGAUGGAGAGAGGUCUGGUAAAUAUUGAAAAAAGGUCAGAUACUUUAGUUCCAUUUUAUUUAUUUACUUGCUUUUGGACAGUAACUUCAGCUUCAUUUUGGAUUAUGCUUCUAUAA